UACGGUAUCUACUGUUGAAUGAGAAAACUGUUUCUGUAUGCGGUAGCGACCUACCGCUUUUCGUUUCGUACUAUCUAUUCAUUGAAUUGAAUUGUCAUAUAUAUUAGGUACUUAUUCAACUUCGUGAAUUCGUGUAUGUGACUUUGUAUGCUCUCAGUCCAAUGCAGUGUGCAUUAAACAUUUUCUUUUUUAUAACUAAUACUCGGUACGUCGGUAGGAGUCGUGCAGAGCUGCCACGCUGGAGAAGAGACGCCGCCAAUGAGAUCCAGGCGUGGGCUGCGGUAGACGCGUCGGCCGCCGAAGUCGAUGCGAGUGGCGGGUGGAGAGACAGGACCAGGAAGCUGCCAUGGACCUGCUGCGAUACCUAGUUGCUGGCUUGGUGUGAGACUGCUCACAGAGUGAGGAGUGACAUGUUUUUAAUCCUCCGUGCUUUCCUACAAAGCUCAUCUUUAAUGUUUCUAAGUACUUUUUGUUUUAAAUUUUAUGUAGCUCAUUAAAAUGUUUCUAAAAGAUAAAAAAAUGUAUAGGUAGUACCUAUAUAUUGUUUAAUAGUUCCUAUUUGUACGUAGAUAGGUAAUUGAUGAAAUUGUUUUAGUACAUUCAUAAAGCCGUUUAAACAUUUUUUUUUUCCGACACGUGCAAUCGACGCUAUUUAUUUCUUCCCUUAUGACCUGAUCGAAGCUCAUGACGCGUACUUAACAACAUUACAAACUUCGAAAAUACUAUAAAAAAAUAAAUGUACCGUGUUUCCAGCAGUUUUUAAAAAGGACCACUUGCAUAACUUUCCCAUAGAUGUCGUAAAAGGCGACUAAGGGAAAGGCUAAUAAACUUAAGUUUCUUCUUGUAGACAAUGGGCUAGAAAGUAGAAACUUGUCACUAAUUUAAUCUCAACUUGGCCUUUCAGUCUUUUCAAGACUGUAGGCUCUGUCUACCCCGCAAGGGACAUAUAAAAAUAAUUGUUGUGAUAAGGCUCUGAUAGAUACAGUCAGAAAUAUAAAAGUAUGAUUGCUAACAGUCGUGCCAGCAAGACUGCCAAAGCGUUGUCCUUGUCGUAACUACCAUUAGGUCUGUGUUCUUCUCCACUUCCAUUGUUUGAUUGCCGUUCGGCCUGCGACAUGUUGAUGUAUUGUGCUGCAAUACCUAAUCUUUGACUUACUCCAUCUUUAUUUUAAAAAGUUUUAUUUAUAGGUCAAUUAAUCAUACAAAUAUCGAAUAAUAAACGGCAACAUACACAAAAUGGCGAUGUGUUUUUAUGGAUGGUAAUGGUUAUUUGAAUCAAAAUAUUGUCAACCGUGCUUGUGAGACACAACCACAAGUCCACAUAUUCCUUGCUGUAAGUCACUGUGAGCUAUACUUACCUACAUCCUCCUAUUAUUCUCCUUACAAGAUUUGUAUUUUUAUUUCUUACAAGAAUAACUAGCUGGACCGAUUAUGAGUAAAUUCGGUACAGAAAUAGACUAGACUUUGAAGCUAUACUUUUAUUUUAAAACAUUCACAUGGGAACUGUUAUAUUCAUAAUUAAUAUGCAGCUAUUGAUAGCAUAAGCAAUUAAGCAUUUUAAAUUUACUUAACUGUUUGAAUAGCGUGACGAGUCAGUCAGUCUCCCUUUAGAUCGGUCCGUGUAUUUUAUCAAUUUUCUUUAUUACAUCGUGUGUGUGUGUAGUGAAUAAAUCAUUUUCUUUUUUUAGCAGUAUAUUUUUGAUUUUUUUUAAAAGAACUCACGGAAUGCAUUUCUUACAGUACGAAGCUCCACGCCGAAUUCUUCAGUAUCUUGUUAUACCUGCACUGCAAAUCUGAAAUUCUAACUAUCCUUUUGUGGAGUACUGUAAAACCGAUGUACAGUCAAACCCAGGAGUUGUCAUGGUUACUUCGGUACACUACAAAAGAAAUUGAGAAUUAGAAUUGUCGUUUACGUAAACACAUUGUGGGUUAAAAAUGUCUAUAUUCAAAGUAAAGCAAUGGUGGUCAAAUAAUAAACUUCAAGAUAAUGAGAUAAAAUCUGGUGUUCAGAGUGCCUGGUGUUUGAGGGUAAAUAGGUUUAGUGCUUACAGCGAUGGGGACUGCAUCAUAGUCGGCGAAGAAUAUACACUUAAAAUAUACAAGCCCAGUCCUAAUCAGGAAAUAUCUGAUUCACUGUUGGAAUGCAAUUUGAACGACGUUAUAUUACAAAUAGAAACUGGCAAGUUUAUGGCAGGAGCUGCCGAUCGCCAAGUGCUUGUGCUCCACCCGCUGAGCUAUGCCAUAUAUGAAUUGCGAAGAAAGGCGGGACAUAUUGAUGCUGGUGAACAGAAUAUAUUGGAACUAAUUGUUAAACAUAAUUUCCAAGAAAAAGCGCAUAGUUUGACAUAUGGUCCCUUUGGGAAUGUAAAGACUAGAGAAUUCAUAUGCAUUCAGAGUUUAGAUGGCCAUUUCAACUUCUUCGAUCAGGACACAUUUUUGUUUACAUGUGUCCUCAGUGACGUUAUCAUCCCUGGACCUGUAUGUUAUAUUGCCAGCAGCGAUUUAUUCGUAAUUUGCAAAUCUACCUGGAUUUUAGAGAUAUACAGUUACCAGCAGCUGAGAGAAUUUAGUGAAAUGAAUGCGCGACAAAAGAAGACUAUACCACAAUGGAUUUACAACGCAGGGGAAGAAGUUUCCACGGUGCAAGUAAUCCAGACUAGCAGCAAUUUUUCGAGUAUUAUAGCUUUGGGCGAAAGGCACCUAUAUUGCUUUCAAGAUAAUGGGCUCAUGAAGUAUAUGAUCAAGUUUGAUUAUACACCUAUUUGUUUCCACGCAUAUCUUAUUGGGUGGUAUUAUGAGCCAACCGCAAGAUUAGUAGUAAUGGUAUCAUCCGAUGAUUCAAAACUUUUUGUUUAUGAAGGUACAACAUUAUUGUGGUCAUGUGACUUAUUAAAUAGAGCAAUUUCAAUAUCAAGAUGUUUUUUGAAAUAUCUGCCUGGGGGUUUGGUUACAUUAUCCAUUAAUGGAGUGGUCGCAAUUAACGUUUUGGGAACGGAACCUGAUUUGAAUGCUAAUGCCAGUUCUAUGAUGAAUGAAACCAUUGAUCCUGAAGUCAUUCAAGCUGAAUUAGAUGAUGUGGAAGACAAACUGGAAUGCAUAUUAAGAAAUAAGGGUGAAGAUACAGGCCAGUCAAUUGAUCAACUCAUUAAAAUAAAGGCAGACGUAGGUAAACCAGUUCAAAACCUAAAAGGAUUUUCAAACGACGGGAUUUUACAUUUACUGAUGUGCCCUUUAGUGAUUAUUAUAACGUGUGAUGACCCGAAACUAGUUCAAAGUGUCCAAAUUACUUACCACUGCUUUCCACCAUUUGCAUGUUCAGAUUCGACAGUAUGUUUAGAAGAAAUUAAUGGAACUGAAAUAAUAGAGACACAAGUAUUCAUGUCAUGCGAAAUGGAUGUCGCAAAAACGAUAGUGGAAAUACUUUUUACUAUUACGGACUCAAAUGGAAAAAUCAGCGUGUUUUCUAAACAUAUCAUGUUGCCAAUGAGUGUUUAUUGUUCACCAGUUGAUUUAGUGUCGGAAUAUGAACUGAGCUUGCAUAUUACUUUAAAUCAAUCGUGUGUAGGACUUACAAAGAUAUUUACAGAUUUUUCUGAGGAGGAAUUACUCAAGUCUGAAAAUUCUCUGAAUGCUGUAAAAUUUAUGUACAGAAAUAGUAAGAAGAAUGUGGCUUUCAAAGAAAAUGGAAAUUAUUAUAACAUAGAAGCUAGUGAUUUUCCAGAAAUUGUAGCUGUAAUGGAACACUUCCUAUUUAGACUUGAAAACCAUCACACCAGGAUGGGAAUCAAAGAUUUUAAAUGUUAUGUAAAACUUGAUAAAGAAACCAAUAAACAGUUAAUUCAUAAAUUUCUAAAAAGUAUUGAAAACCACGCUAAAGAAAGACUUAGGCUGAAGAAGCAUGAGGACGAGUUAGACGUGCUCCAAAAACAAUUUACCCUUAUCCAGAAAAAGCUCCUAGUGCAAUAUGGUUCGUUACCGCCAGGGGAUUGCGAUCCACUGGAGUUCUUAAUGAGGGACACACAUAAACGUCUGAUGGAUACUGUUAAGGAUAUUUUAGAAUGCAGAGAAAGAGUGAACAAAGCUGGAGGAACUUUGGCAUCUGUGGGACAUCUUAUUGUUUUAAUUUUGAAGCGAGCUUCAAAAGACGAGUUCAUGAUCAAAUUGAUUGAAGAAAUGCUAUCUUUGGACACUCUUUACUACAUAAAUCAAGAGUGGGAAGAAGCUGUUACUCAGGCGUUAACAUACAUUCUUAAUAAUGUUCUGCAAAAAUCCGAGAAAGACAAGGAAAAGUUGGCUCCGGUGACUGAACAAGGGAUUUUAUCUCAUGUUAAUCUCAAAAGAUUCCUCAAACAAAUUCGAAUGGUUGUGGAAAAUAUGUUUUCUGAAGCAAUACUAGAUGCGGAUAGUUCAAAUACUGAGGUGAAGGCACCCGUGACACGUAUUGAAGAAUUUGUAGAAGUAUUAUAAAACUUCGUGUAUAAAGUAAAUUGUUAAGUUAUUCUACAAUAACAUUGGUUAAUAGGAACUGAAUUUGUAUACUCUUAAUCACUGUUUUUGUAACGUGAAAUUGAAAAUGCACAAAUCUUUGCUUAUAUAAAAGGAAAGAUAACUUUUAUGUAUGUAUUAAAUAACAUCAUGUGUUUUUCUGAAAUUUGUCAUAAAGAUUAUGAUGAAGUUAAAACGAUUGACGAAGUCAAU